CCUUACAGGAGCCAAUCUGCCCAGAUGUCAGGAAAGAAGACUAAAUUCAAAAAUGUCAGCAAGGAGCCAGCACCUGCAGCUACUCGAUUUGGAGGUUUCAAGAACUUGGAGGAGCUCGAUGCGAAAAAAGCGAGCGACCCGUCAAGACGCUCGGCCUCGGCCGCCUCGGCCUCGGCCGCGGCCUCGCUGUCAGGGGCAAUUCGCGAGAAAGAAGCGAAGAUAGAGUUUGAGUCAAGCGAGAAGGGCCAGGACGAGGUGGGCAAGGAGAGCAAGGAGGGCAACGUUGAGAUCAUGGAGGAUCUAUUCGGUGCACAAGGCAAGGAGAACCUCGAAGACCCUGAUGGCAAUUCAAGGGCAAGGUCCGCCUUGGAAGAAGCUUUGGCAGCAGAUGAGAGCUUGCCAUGGCGGCGGGGGCGCUUGGUGCUUCUGGGCCAGGGCCGCGCGGGCAAGACGUCCACGGUGCGGUCGCUGAUGGGAAAGCCGUUCGAGGAGGCGCAGGCCUCCACGGUCGGCGUGGAGACGGGCAGCUGCCAAAUCUCCCGCAGCCACGCGGUGGACUGGCAAAGCGGCCACGCCUCGGAGACGGAGGGCCUCAUUCGCCAACUCCUGACCAAGGCACAGCCAGAAGCCCAUGCGAGAGAGGGCUUCAGCUCCUUCAGCCCGGAGAAGCCAAAGCCAUGCGACACCAAGGUGUUGAUGAGCCAUUUGCCCGUGGAAGAGGUGGCGGCCAAGUUGGAUCAAGACUUCAUGACAUCCGGUCACGUGGAAGGGCAACCCAUCACGUUUUCGACCUGGGACUUUGGUGGUCAAUCUGUCUUCCACACUCUGCACCAUCUUUUCCUGACCCGCUGCAGUGUGUACUUGGUGGUGUUCCCGAUGACGCAGCUGGGCGAAGGCCCCGAAGGCCCCGAAGGCCCAGAAGGGGCGAUGGGAAUGAUCCGUUACUGGCUGAACUCCUUGGCGCUGCACGCCAAAGGCGCGCCGGUGCUGCUGGUGGGCACCCACAAGGACCGAGUGGGCACGGAGGCCGAGCACCGCGCCAUCAGCGCGCGCCUGGCGCAGCUCACGGGAGUCUUGGACCAGGUGCAGCCCUACACCAUGGACGGCAGCGAUGGCAGCAAUGCGGAGGGCUUGUGGUUCUUCCCCAUCGACAACUCCUUGUCCGGGACAGGCAGCGACCCGGUGGUGGUGGAGCUGCGGAAAGCCAUCGAGCUGGCGGCCCACGAAGACCCCGAAGACUACUUGCACAGGCCCAUUCCGAUUCGCUGGCGAGGGGUUUUGGAUGUGCUGCUUUCCAAGGAGGAGUCGUUUGUCAGCAUGCAGGACAUGAAGCAGAUAGCCGAGAAGCAGUCCUUGCCAGGCUGGCAACUGCUGCCAAUGCUACAGAUGUUCCAUGAACUGGGUGUUCUCUUCCACUUUUCGACUCCCCAGGAGCUUCGUGACAUUGUAAUCCUACAGCCUCAGUGGCUCGUCACUGGAAUGUGCCAGUUGAUCUUCGACUGGACUUUGCAUGAGCAGGAGCACCAUAAGCAACUUAAGAUCGAAAUGAAGUCUGCCUACGACGCAUGGCGACACAAAGGAAUCGUCACAAGGAGAUUGCUGGAUCGACUUUGGGAGCGUGGCUAUGAGCAGCCAGCCCUGAAAUCUUUCUUGGUGCGUUUCAUGGAGGAGGUUGCUUUGGUGUGUGAGGUCGAACCUGACACGUUCUUGGUGCCAUGCCUGCUGCCACCUAGCCCCGGUCCUGGUUCCACCAAGCCGGCUGCCCAGCACACGUUCUGGCUGGACUUUUCACCAACCUUUCUUCCUGACAGCCUUUUCAGGCGUUUGAUCUGCUAUGCAGUGCAGAAGUCCAGCGGAAAUAAGCUGGAGCUGAAUCUAUUUGCGUCUGACGCGUUCAUGACCUUCGACGGCCAUCCCUUUGGCCUUUCAGCGCGGAGAGGUGCUGACCUUGUUCAAGCCGAUGUUUAUUCAGAUGGCGCGUGGCUGGUGCUCCACACCAUCACGAACCUGGUGGAGCAUUUGCGGCUGGACUUUAUGCAUGAUCUUCGCUACGAUGUGUUUCUAGCAGGUGGCGGCAUGCGUGUGAAGAAGGCCGAGGUUGAGCUGGCCAGAGAGAGGGACUUAGAGAACUUCCGGCCGAAAGGGACGACGCGGAGAGUGAGGACGUCGGAGUUCGACGCUUUCUUCAGCGCUGAGACUUCCCCUCCAGGCGUGCUGGUGGAUUCUCAGUGGCGGCAGUUGAAGAGCACCUGGCCCUUCCUGGCGAGGCAUGAGCCGAAGUUUGGCCCCGCGGAGCGGGCUGCGCUCUACACCUACCUGCGGGAUCCAGGGCUGUGGGGCAUCUCUUGGGCCGCCUUGGAGAGCAUCGAGAAGGAUGCCAAAGAGACCUUCAAAGGCAACUAUCGGGACAAGAGCAUGUGGCACGUCGUCCAACACAUUGUGAAGCCUAGCUGUGCGAAGCACGGAGUGCCAAUUGCUCUGGUCCGCAAUGGUUGGCAGGUGCUGCCGGCGCAAGACUUUAUAACUCAUUGCUGGGCGGAGCCGUUCCAGGAAUUCAUGGACUCCCUUCGGCAUGCCUAUGAUACUGCUGUGGUCAAGCCCACGCUCUUCAUAUGUGCCUUCUCGCUCUUCCAAGGAGAGGCGAGCGACAUUGAGGCAGCGCUGGGCCAGUCUAUUCCACAGGCGCCGUUUGUCAAGGCUUUGCGAUCAGCGGAGCGAUAUGUGGUGGUGCGAAACCGUAUGGCGGACCUUUACACCCGGGCUUGGUGUUUGGUGGAAUACAUAUACGCCAAGAAGCUCGGCUUCUACAAGGACAAAGUCCUCAUCACAGGUCCGAACAAGUUCUCUGAGAUUCCACAACUACGUGCACGGAGAUCAAAGCAAGCAGCGAAGAAGACCGUCUGAAGAUAUUCAAGUUCAUUCUGGAUGAGGGCGGGCCUGCAAUCAUCGACCCGCAGAUUCAAGAGUUCCGAGCCUUCGAUGCGCGUUUUGUAAGCCAAAACCGGGGAGCGGCCUGAGCUGACCCAUAAAUUGGGCACGCUCGUUUCACGAGUUUUUUUUGCCGCGCCAGAGUCAGAUGAUAGUGAGAUGCUGUGUCCAAAA